AUGGGUAAAGAAGUAAAAGAAAAGAAUAAAGAAAAUGACUACAAAAAGGAAACAGUCUUCUCCACUUUUACUCCAAAACAACCAACCAACUACCCAAUCAAUCAAAGACAGUUGAUCAUUUGUGUAUUCAAAUUGCGCGAAUGGUUCUCUUCUUUAUCUCUUUCAUCAAUAAUACAAUUACAACAACCUCACUCUCUUUGCUCAGCUGUUGCUAUUCGUCAACUACAUCACAAUUAUUUAAAUAAUAAACAACAACAACAACAACAACAACAACAACAACAACAACAACAACAAUCCACAAAGUUUGUUCGAAAUUAA